GAGAGAGAGAGAGAGAGGGAGCGCGCGCAAGCAUUCAGGAACGAGGUGAAUUGCAUCGUGAUUUCAUCCGAGUGCAGCUGAGAGACACACUGAGUCCAAACGGGCUUUUUCUAUUUGCAAACGCUUGUUUCCGAGGCUUUUCCUAUCGCCAUCGUCCUCGUGCAGCGUUUCAGUAUUUUCUGUCUCACCACAUGAGUUGGAUUUUAAUACAGUGAAGCCUCAUGGAAUCAGACGCCGGACGGGUUUGGUCUCCAGCUGGAUUAAAAGCAUCGUUCAGUCAGAUGAGCGGCGCGGACAGACACUGAGAGCUGAGGUUGUGUCAGAAGAGCAGGCGAGGAUGAAACUGAAGCCCUGUAAAAGAGAUUCCCCCUGGGGGAGCCAUAGACAGAUGUGGAGCCCCUGGAGCCACUGACCCUAUGUCUGGAUGAUCUAUGGAUGGAGACCACCAGCCCUCAUAAAACAAUCUUCUAGUGCUGAGCAAUUCCACAUUGGCAGACGCAAACAAAUGUUGCUAUGUAAUUGUUGAGUAUCUAUAGUCUGAACAUUCCUAUACUCCCAUUUUCUCAAAUCUUACUCUUACAGGAAAAAGGACCUAACACAACCGUACUUAGCCCAAAGAACUUUGACCAACAAUCCAGCAAAUGCAUGCAAAGCUUCCGGAAAAAACCCAUGUAUCCUCACAGCACCUUCCAAUCGCAUGACCAUGAAAGAGGAAAGUUAUGGCAUCUCAUUGAGAAUGCUGAGGUCGGGCAUGCAUGCCGUCUAACAGGAUCAAUACAACCUCAAUGAUUAAUGGGCAGAUUUCACUUUCAUUUAGUGUGCUAGGGAAGAAUCAUCCGCCAAGACCAAGAUUGUCUUCAGUUUAUAAGAGUUGCAUUUCAAAUGACAACCAGCAAACUUUGACCCUGCGGAUUAAUAGGCAGAUUUCUCUUCCAUUUAGUGAACUGAGAAAGAAUCAUUUGCCAAGACCAAGGCUGUGAAACAGGUCUCUUUGGUUUUCAAGAGUUGCAUGUCCAUUGGAAAGCAAUUCUGCUCUGGACCGGUUUUUUUUUUUUUUUUUUCAUUUAACGCUAUAUACGGUAUUCAUAUUUACAAUCAGUUCAUCCCUUAUAAAGCAGUGAAUCAAACUAUCAUUGGCUUUUUUUCCCUGUAAAAUAAGUUAUUUUUACUUUGUUCCUGGGUCCAGUUUACAAAAUAUUGGAAAUGCAAAUGCCUUCAAAGUUAGCAGAGCUGGGUUGAAAAGGCAACUGCUCCAACCAGCGCAGUAAAACUUUUGACCCUGCUGAUUAAUGGGUGGAUUUCUUUUCCAUUUAGUGCACCAGGGAAGAAUUAUCUGCCAAUACCAAGACUGUGAAAAAGGUUUCUUCGGUUUUCAAGAGUGCCAUUUCUUUUUAAAAAAAGUGAUCCUGCUCUGGACCUUUUUGGAACUUUGAAUCAUUUAGCACUGCUUCUUCAGACUUACAAUUAAUUGGAGAAGAAUCAUUUGCCGAGACCACGAUUGCGAAACUAGGUUUCUUUGGUCUUUUAAAGUUGCAUUUCCAUUGCAAAGUAAUCCUGCUCUGGAGCAUUUUGGGCACUUUGUAUCAUUUAACACCGUUUCUUUAGAUGUACAAUCAAUAUGACCCUUGCAAAGCAGUGAAUUAAACUGCCAGUUGGGAGCAACAGGCUUUUUUGUAGAAUAUUUUCUUUUCACUUUGUUCAAGUUUACAAAAUAUUGGUAAUGCAAAUGCCUUCAAAGUUUACUGAACUGGGAUGAAAAAGCAACUGUUCCAACCAGCCCAGUAAGGCUUGACCAGCUACAUUGAGAGUGCAAGGAGCGGACAACAUUGCUGUGAGUGGGUGUAUGCGGUGGUGGCCCUCAGCAUGGUGUUGCCACCACCGGACAAGCGGCAUGUGUGUCUUACCACCUUUGUCAUCAUGACCAGCAUGGCAUUCAUGGACGCCUACCUGGUGGAGCAGAAUCAGGGGCCACGAAAGAUCGGAGUCUGCAUUAUUGUCCUUGUUGGGGACGUCUGCUUUCUUAUCGUCCUUCGCUAUGUGGCGGUUUGGGUUGGAGCAGAAGUGCGGACAGCUCGACGAGGAUAUGCCAUGAUCCUUUGGUUCCUCUACAUCUUUGUGUUGGAGAUCAAGCUUUACUUUGUCUUCCAGAACUGUAAGGCUGAUCGCAAGAGUCUGGAGACUGUUGCCCGGAAGGCUUUGACUUUAUUGUUGUCCAUUUGUGUGCCAGGCCUCUACCUAGUUCUGGUGGCUCUGGACAGCAUGGAAUACGUCCGUACCUUUCGGAGGAAAGAGGACAUGAGGGGCCGGCUCUUCUGGGUGGCUUUGGACUUGCUGGACCUGCUGGAUAUGCAGGCAAACCUUUGGGAGCCGCAGAGGACGGGUUUGCCCAUUUGGGCGGAAGGUUUGAUGUUCUUCUACUGCUACAUUUUGCUUCUGAUUCUUCCCUGUGUGUCCCUGAGUGAGAUCAGCGUGCAGGGCGACCACGUGUCUCCCCAGAAGAUGAUGCUCUAUCCUCUUCUCAGUCUGGUCACCAUCAAUAUCGUCACCAUCCUCAUACGUGGCGUCAACAUGGUGCUGUUCCAGGACAGCCGGGUUUCCACCAUCUUUGUCGGCAAGAAUGUGGUGGCUAUUGCGACUAAGGUAUGCACCUUUCUCGAGUAUCGGAAACAGUCGCGAGAAUUCCCAAAUCGAGAGAAUGCAUCCGGAAUUCCUAUGGAAGUCCAGCAGAACUCAGUGGGACACGGACAAGCUCUGCCGAAUGCCACGAGCCUCCCACAUGAACCCACUCCAGCACGGGAGAUUAUGGAUACAUGACCAAGGAACCAAAAUAGAGGAUUUUGAGCCAACGAGGAGCACUCGAACCACCAGAUAUGAACUGAUGAACUGUUUUGAGAUACUUUGGUCCAGCAUUAUGAGAUGCGCCAUCCCCUUCUGGACUGAGGUAAAUCAGCCAAAUACGAGCUGUGUUGUCUAAAGAAAAACAUUCAGUCUUUUAUAAUUCGUUCACCACAGUUUGCAAUUAAGAACCAAGUGCUGUUUUCUUUCUGUAAAGUAGCAGAAUGACUGUGGUGCAAAAUUCUUUUCCUGUUUAAGAGACCAAACUCUUGUUUCCACAUUCAUUUUUUUGUGUCUGACUUCAUGUUGUCAAGGUGCAUCAGAUAUUUGCCUCUCUUGCAAGCAUUGAAUGGGAGAAUAGAAAAAGAAUGCAAUGAAUUUAUUAUUGAGGGAACUAGUUAGAUCAGGUUGAUGUUUAUGACCAAAUGCUGGGGAGCAGUCCUACAUGCUUGCAAUACGUGUUUGCACUUGUGUUUUAUGAUGUGUUGACAUUUAAAGAAAUGAAAAUGAGAGGAAAAAGUAAGAAAUUUGUGUCCAGUGACCUUUAUGGAAUUAUUUAGGAAAAGGUCAGUGAAUGCACUACCACUUGGUUGGUAUAUGGAUUUUUAUUGUUAUCAUUGUUAUUAUUAUAUAAAAAUUAUUAUUAUUAUUAUGUAUACCACUUGUGUACUUGCUUUUUUUUACAUUUUUGUUUGAGGAUUCAGUUGUAUUUAAUUAAAAAAUAUAAGAAAAGUUUUUGCAAUUUGCAAAGUGUUUUUAUGCUAACAGAACUGCUAGCCCAGGGUUGCCAAAUCUGCGGUUUUACACUAGAAUUGGGCUACUUUUAAACUG